AAUAAAGAAUGAUCAAAACAAUAAAAAUUCUUUAUUUAGAUACUUAGGUGAUGGUGUCCACAAAUUCUAACUCAACCGGAAAAAAUGUCGAAAUUGCUAGUGUUGGACUUCAUGACCGGAAUUCGAACCCCGGUCACUCCACUUUGUGUGUGCGAGUUUUAAAUGACUUUGCGAUUUCGUCAAUACUUAGUCAACUAUGUAACGUGAUCAUGCAUGCCGGCAAACCAUGUUUUAUUCGAACCCCCUCUUACGUCGCUUUCACAGAUUCUGGGCGCUUGAUCGGGGAGGCCGCCAAGAGCCAGGUCACCAGGAACCCCACCAACACCAUCUUCGAAGUGAAGCGUCUGAUUGGAAGGAGAUUCUCUGAUGCUUCCGUUCAAAGUGACAUGAAGCUAUGGCCAUUCAAGGUCAUUUCUGGUCCUGGUGACAAGCCCAUGAUUGUUGUUAACUACAAGAAUGAGGAGAAGCAGUUCGCUGCUGAGGAGAUUUCUUCCAUGGUCCUAUGGAAGAUGCGUAAGAUAUCUGAGGCUUAUCUUGGUUCCACCGUGAAGGACGUUAUUGUUACUGUCCCAGCAUACUUCAACAACUCUCAGCGCCAAGCCACGAAGGAUGCUGGACUCAUUGCGGACCUUAAUGUCAUGCGUGUCAUCAACGAACCCACCGCUGCUGUACUUGCCUAUGGCCUUGACAAGAAGAUCACCGAUGAUGAAUGUAAGGUGUUGAUUUUUGAUCUUGGUGGUGGUACUUUUGAUGUCUCUCUUUUAGUCAUUGAAGCUUGUGUCUUUGAAGUUUUGGCCACUGCCGGAGACACCCAUCUUGGAGGUGAAGACUUUGAUAACAUUGUCGUUAACCAUUUUAUUGAGGAAUUCAAGAGGAAGCACAAGAAGGAUAUUAGUGGCAACCCAAGGGCUUUAAGAAGGUUGAGGGGUGAAUGUGAAAAGGCAAAGAGGAGUCUCUCAUCCACCACACAGACAACCAUUGAGAUUGACUCAUUGUAUGAAGGUGUUGACUUCUAUACCACAAUCACUCGUGACAAGUUUGAAGAGCUCAACAUGGACCUUUUCAUGAGGUGCAUGGAGACUGUUGAGAAAUGUUUGAGGGAUGCAAACGUGGACAAGAAAAGUGUCAAUGAUGUUGUUCUUGUUGGUGGGUCUACUAGGAUUCCCAAGGUGCAGUCAUUAUUGCAGGAUUUUUUCGACGGGAAGGAGCUUUGCAAUAGCAUCAACCCUGACGAGGCUGUUGCUUAUGGAGCUGCUAUUCAGGCUGCUAUCAUGAGUGCUACCCAUGAGAAGCUCGAGGAAAUUUUGUUGUUGGAUGUCAAUUCCCUUUCACUUGGUUUGCAAACUGUUGGUGGAGUCAUGACUACCCUCAUUCCAAGGAACACUUCAAUCCCAAACAAGAAGGAGAAAAUUUUCUCAACCUCCGUGGACAACCAAUCUGGUGUUCCUAUCCGAGUGUACGAGGGUGAGAGAGGCAUGACCAAGGACAAUAACUUCUUGGGUACAUUCACGCUUUAUGACAUUCCUCCUGCUCCAAGGGGUGUUCCUCAGAUCAAUGUUUGUUUUGAGAUUGAUGUUAAUGGUAUCUUAAAUGUCUCGGCCGAGGACAAAACUACUGGGAAAAAGAACAAGAUCACUAUCACCAAUGACAAAGGCAGACUUUCAAAGGAGGAGAUUGAGAAGAUGGUGCAGGAGGCGGAUAAGUACAGGGUUGAGGAUGAGGAGGAAAAGAAGAAGGCAGUUGCUAAGCAUUCCAUGGAGAAGAUGGUGCAGGAGGAAGAAAAGCACAAUUCUACCAAAGAUACUCCAGAUCAACACUUGGAUGCACUAGAAGAUACUUGUCAUACUUUACCAACCCCAAGUUUACAUUCCUUUCCUUCCGGAAACAUUGGAUAUUAUUUCAAAUCUACAAAAGAGGCUUCACAAAAACUUAUAGAAGCACUAAAGGAUGAUAAAUGCUAUGUACUUGGAUUGUAUGGAAAUAGGGGCUCGGGUAAAACAUCAUUACUGAAGGCUAUGAUAGAAGAGUUUGAAAAGGUUUUUCAUAAAGUUAUAUUUCUCUCCGUGUCUGAGAAUCAAGACACCAAGAGCAUUCAACAUGAAUUUGCUAAGAUGUUGAACGUGUUUGAAAAACAUGACACUGAUGCUGUAAGAAUCAUGAAAAUGAAUUCGACACUAGAAAGGAAGGACAAAACUACUCUAGUUAUCUUGGAUGAUUUUUCAACCAAGUCUCAACCACAAGAAUUGGGCAUUCCUUAUAAUAGCAAACAAUGUAAGGUUCUUUUAACCACACGUGAUGAAGCAGAUUGUUCCCGCAUGGGAUGUAACCAUUCAAUUUCUCUGAAUCCCUUAUCUAAUGAUGAAGCUUUGACAUUGCUACAAAAGAUUUCUGGUGUUAACUCCCAAUCUGGUCUAUUUGAAGUGGCACAAAAAAUUGCUUUUAAAUGCAAUGGCUUACCUGAAUUGAUUGAAAAGGUGUCGACUUCCUUGAAAAAUAAAUCCUUGGAAUAUUGGAAAGAAUCAUUAGUCAGUCUAAGCCACUCAACUGCCCGCUACCAGAUUUUUAUCAGUUUUAGAGGAGCCGAUACUCGACAUGUUUUUACAAACCACCUCCAUUAUGCUUUGUGCCAGAAGGGGUUCGUGACCUUCAAAGAUGAUGAAUCAUUGCAGGGUGGGGUCCCAAUUGAGAAACUUCUUGACGACAUUGAAGAAUCGAGAUUUGCAAUUGUUAUUUUAUCCAAAAAUUAUGCAGACUCUGAAUAGUGUCUCAAAGAACUGGUCAAAAUUCUUGAGUGUAAGGAUAAGGAAGGUAAGCACCAACUAGUUUUGCCAAUCUUCUAUGAAGUACCGCCCACAGACGUAAGGCAUGUACGAAAUAGUUAUGCUGAUGCCAUGGCCAAACAUGAAGGAAAAGAUUCAUAUAAAACAUGGAAGAAAGCUUUAUAUGAUAUUUGUACGCUGACGGGAUUUGAAAAGCCUCAUGACUGGACCAGAGAUCAAUUUAUCGAUAAGAUUGUCAAUUUUGCUUGCUAUCACAUACAUCGCUUGCAUAUACAAAGAAUGUAUAUGAACUAGAUGACUUCUCUUACCGUGAGUGUUGCGCAAGACAACGCUAAGUGCAGAUGUUGGGAUUUGACAUUUGUGGUUUUACCUUUCUCUGUUUUUUGCUUAUUUGUUUCCUUUUGUCGUUUUUUGGGCUGGCUGGUUUUGUUUUGGCCCCCAUUGUGUGUCUUAUUUAUAUUUGUAGGUAUAUGGAAUAAGUACCCUUGUGCUCCCUUUUGUCUUAAAAAUAAUAAUUACAAAGCUAGUUUCAAAUGGAGGGUUGGUACAGAAUAAUGAGUUAUGAAGAUAGGAAGUUCGUUGGCUCGAAAAUAGAUGAUGGAGCGAUUCACUUCGAUCUAACACCAUUGAGUUUGCGGUCAGUACCUGUUGUUACUCCUGAGCCGGAGCCUGCAGUUUGAGACAUCCCUGCCUGAGGUCCUUGCUACUUCCCCUAUUGCUUCUCAUUGAAUCAAACUAUGAAGGCAGAAAAGGUGGCAUUUUCGUGCGUCGUAGUUUCUAGCUUUCAUUUUCGUGUCUUAAUAUUCAGAUAUGUCUAUUAUUGUUGGACUUGUUAUUGUUUUUGAUAUUCAUUAUGCUGCUACUUUGAUUUGGUGGUUUGGAUAUUAAUUAUAACCGGUACAUGAUCCCGUGCAUCACACGGUUUAUAUUUGUUCAUGAUAUAUUAAAAUAAAUUUAUCAUAAUUAAAAAAAUUGAGAUAUAUAUGUAAGAUGUUCUAAAAUCAUGUUAACUUGAUAAAUACAUUCUUAUAGACAACAUCUUAUGAGGAAAA